GGAGAGAACACUACAAUUAAACAACUACCGCUUCUUCUUCCCCGACGACGACGACGACAAGCCCUCCGCGAGCAAAGCGAGGCCGUCGUCCUUCUUCUUCUUCGGCUUCGCAGCUUUCGGCGCGGGAGGAGGCGCCUUGCCCUUGCCGCGACCGCGACCGCGCCCCCGACCCGCCCCGCGCCCGCGCCCGCCGUCCUUCUCGAGCAGCGCCUUGCGGAGCCGGACGCCCGACCCGCCGCGGACGGGCACCCUCGCGAUCAGGGCGUCGACGGCAUCGGCGCCCUCUUUCUUGUCGGCGUCGAUCGUCGCCGCGAGCUCCGCGAGCGCGGCGUCGUCCACGCCGGCCUUGGCGAAGGGCUCGACGUACUGCUCGAGCUCGAGGCGCUUCAGGAGCGCCGCGACGCCGCCCCGGCAGCGGCCAGCCGCGCCGCCGCUGGCCGCGGCUUUGCGCUCCUUGCGUUCCAUGGCCUCGGCCCGCGCGAGCGCGUCGGCCCGGGC